CCCGGCACUUGCAGUAUAAAAGCUUAGUACCGCUGCAGGACGGCGGUAGAUUUUCCCUUAUACUUAGUUAAUUGAACCGGAUCUGUCAUUUUACACAUUUUUAUUGGACUUUUGCUUAAUGAUAAAGGGAUUGGCUAUUUACAGUGGAUUUUAAAACCUCAAGAUAGAAGAUGCUGCAGUAUUAAAACCAUGGGGAGCAGAAACAUAAGGCAAUCAAAUUGCAGACCAAGUUAAAGACUGUCAGGCGUCUGUUAACUUGUACAACUAGAGGCUAUCUGAAGUGAAAUUGCUGAAAUACGUGAGGAAUGAAACAUCAGGACAUGAUCAAUGAACAAAGGAGUCUCUGGGUUUUUGGCUACGGUUCUCUCGUCUGGAGACCGGACUUCAAGUUCAAACGGAGCAAAGUCGGCUACAUACAGGGCUAUAAGAGACGCUUCUGGCACGGCGAUACUUUUCACAGAGGGGACAUUGAUAUGCCCGGAAGAGUUGUGACUCUUGUGGAAGAUGAUGACGCAUGCACUUGGGGUGUGGCUUACGAGGUGACAGGCUCCCAGAUCGAAGACUCCCUCAAAUACCUGAAUGUGAGGGAGUCCGAAUGUGGCGGCUACAUCACCAAGUGGGUGGAGUUCAUCUCGCGUGAGGACAGCCACACACCUACCCUCGCCCUGACCUACAUUGCCACAGCCAGCAACCCCAUAUACCAAGGACCUGCCAGUCCAGAAGAGAUUGCCGCCCAGAUUGCUGUCUGCAAGGGCAAGACGGGCCACAACAUUGAGUACUUGCUCCGCCUGGCCCAGUUCAUGAGGCGGUACUGCCCAGAGGUAGAGGAUGACCACCUGUUCUCCAUCGAGGCUGCUACCCUGGCCCUAGAGCCCUACCUGUUGGUGUCCAAGCAGAUGAUGUAACCCUCGUGUCUGCCUUGUUCAAGUUGGGGGCCAAUCCAAAACACUAUGGUCCAGCAAUGGCAGUUUUUACUGCCACCAUGUAGUAGCACUGCACUUUGAACACUUUUGUGUUGACAUUAUUUUCAGACUUUAUAUAAUAGAUAAAUGACACUUUUUAAAAGAGCUGCUUAUUUAUAUCGAUGAUUUUUUUUUCUAGUUUUAGUGGAGAUAUUCAGACUGCAGGUACUACAGGCAGAACUUGCCUGUUCCUCCUAAUACUGGAAGUAUCAGCCUUCAGAUUAUAAAGAACUUGUUCUCAUCCAUCGCAAUGCUGUUUACUAUGAUGUUGGGUUUCGUGCAAUAUUUCUGUGUUUUUCUUGUUUUCCCACUGAUGGGUUUUAAUGAGUAAUUAUGGUAUUAUGUUAUUUGGUGCUGCCAAUUUCAAAGUGCAAUAUUGUCCUAAAGGACACAAUUAUUUCAAUUGUUUUUAUGUUGUGAAUUACAAUGUCUGUUGUUUCUAUUGUUGGUUGAUGCAAGCAAACAGCACAAACAUUUUGCACUUAUAACCUUAUACAUAAAUGUUUGGAUAAUUGUUUUAUUGUAUUAAUAUUAUACUAUUAUUUAUUAUUUCCUCCUUUUCUUACUAUGGUCAUGUAGCCAACAGCUGUUCUUCUGUCUCACUACCUUUGUUGUAAAAGGAAAAAAAAACAUUUAUUCAGACAGUAAAGUUAUUAAUUUCA